AGCUGUCUUUUUUUUUUCUUCCAUUUUUCUGUGUUUUUAUCUGUGUGUAUAUAUAGAUUGAAUUUUGUAAAGUGAGAGAGGUUUUUCUUUUUCCACGGUUUUUCGGUGAUCUGUGUUUUGAGUGAACCCGAGCUUUGAGGCUCGGGGAACUCGGGAUCCGAAAAGCUAAUGGCAGACGAGAAUUGCAGUGAUGCUGGAACCGACCCGAAUCCUUGUUUUUUGCAGAAAUUCAGACUCUACGAGACUCGCUCGAAUUUCUAUAUGAUUGGAAGAGACAAGAACAGAGCUUUUUGGAGGCUAUUAAAGAUUGAUCGAUUAGACCCGUCUGAACUAACCAUUCUUGAAGAUUCUACAACAUACUCAGAAAUUGAAUGCUGUGAUCUGUUAAGACGGAUACAUGAAGGAAAUAGGUCCACAGGUGGACUUAAAUUUGUUACAGCUUGUUAUGGAAUUGUUGGGUUUGUAAAAUUUUUGGGACCUUAUUACAUGCUGCUGAUCACGAAAAGAAGGAAGAUUGGUGCAAUUUGUGGCCAUACUAUCUAUGCCAUUACCAAGAGCGAGAUGAUUCCAAUUCCAAAUUCUCCUGUCCAGUCCAAUGUGGCUUAUUCUAAGGAUGAAAAAAGGUCUUUUGUCAAUUCUGCAUGUAAAUGUAAUGUGUCCUUGGUACUUAUAAGGAGACAUAUGAGAUUAGCACUGUUAAUAUUCAUUGUCCAUUUGUAUUUAGAUGGAAUUGUGUUAUGUUGUGGUUAUUUUAUCUUCUUCUCAAUUACUUAUGUUCUCUGGGACAAUAAUUUGAGUUCUGGAGUUCUCUUUUAAAAGUAGACGAGUUCCAUGGUGUGGAGGUAAUCUCUGUACUAUUUUUGUUGAUACACCCUUCAUGUUAUAUUGUUGACAUGGGCUCAACGAACUUGAACUUAUUUAAAGCUCUUUUCUGGUUAAAUAUCUUCCUUUUUUUUUUCCCCCUUUUUAAUUAGUUUCAUAUUGAAACAAUUAAGUCAGCUUCCAACAUAUUAUGUGUGUGUGUAUAAAAUGUUUAAUGUUGCAUCUUCUUAGUUAAUACCAUUUUUAGAGGCUAUUGCCAGUUCAUUUCCUGCAUAUGCACAGGGGCAAACUUCAUUGCUGUGAUGUUAAUAUAACAUGUUGAAUGAGACAAGAUACAAGAAGCUCCUCUGCACAGUGGAUCUUACAAAGGACUUCUUUUUCAGCUACUCAUACAAUGUUAUGCAUAGUCUUCAAAGAAAUUUAUGUAAGGAUGAGACAGGACUGUUAAACUAUGAAACAAUGUUUGUCUGGAAUGAGUUCUUAACUCAAGGAAUCCGCAAUAAUCUCAAGAAUACUCUGUGGACAGUUGCAUUGGUAUAUGGCUUUUUCAAGCAGGUCAAACUUUCUGUGUCAGGCAAGGACUUUAAGUUAACUCUUAUUGCAAGACGUUCUCGACAUUAUGCUGGGACAAGAUAUUUAAAACGUGGUGUGAAUGAGAAAGGUAGAGUAGCAAAUGAUGUUGAGACAGAACAGAUUGUGUUUGAAGAUGUUCCUGAAGGAUGCCCCACACAAAUAAGUUCUGUUGUCCAGAAUAGAGGAUCUAUCCCACUUUUCUGGUCCCAGGAAACUUCACGCUUGAAUUUGAAACCUGACAUCAUAUUAUCAAAGAAGGAUCCGAAUUAUGAGGCCACAAGACUACAUUUUGAAAAUCUUGUAAGGAGAUAUGGAAAUCCAAUAAUCAUAUUGAAUUUGAUAAAGAGGUGUGAGAAGAAACCUCGGGAAACUAUUCUCCGUGCAGAGUUUGCAAAUGCUAUCAGAUUUCUCAAUAAAAGUUUAACGAAGGAGAAUCGUCUGAGGUUCCUUCAUUGGGACCUGAACAGACAUUCCAGAAAAGCUACAAGUGUGUUGGCGCUUCUAGGCAGAGUGGCUGACUAUGCAUUAAACUUAACAGGCAUCUUUUACUGUCAAGUAACACCAAAUUUUAGACGGGAGGGGUUGUUGAAUUUAUCUUGCUUGGUGCAAAAUGAUGAGUGCUCUCAGAUUCUUUCUGACAUAAGUAAUGAUGUUGAGAAGUUGGAAACGGAUGUUGUUAAUGAUAAGCAGAAUUCUAGUGAUAUAAAACCACCAGUGUUUCAAAAUGGAGUCCUUAGAACCAACUGCAUUGACUGUCUAGAUCGCACUAAUGUUGCCCAAUAUGCCUAUGGGUUGAUGGCUCUUGGACGCCAGCUCCAUGCUAUGGGCUUCACAGAAUCCCAAACAAUUGAUCAAAAUAGUCCUUUGGCCGACGAUUUAAUGGGAGUUUAUGAAACAAUGGGUGACACACUUGCUUUACAGUAUGGUGGCUCUGCAGCACACAACAAGAUAUUUUGUCAAAGGAGAGGCCAAUGGAAAGCAGCAACUCAGUCCCAGGAGUUCUUUAGAACCUUGCAACGUUAUUAUAGCAAUGCAUACAUGGAUGCAGUGAAGCAAAGUGCCAUUAAUUUGUUCUUGGGUCACUUUCAGCCACAACAGGGUAAACCAGCACUGUGGGAGUUGGAUUCAGACCAACACUAUAGCGUCGGAAGGCAUGGGCCAAAUCAUUUUAACGAGAAUGAUAGGUCACUUUUUAAAAGAUCACUAUCUGAUGGCAACAUUCUUUGUGGAACUGACUCUCCCUUGGCUGCUUCAAAUGUCGGACACCAUCAGCCUUUGUCUGAAAACACAGGAGCUACCCAUGGUCUUUCAGGGUCCACUCCAGAGAUGCCAACCUGUGAAAUUUCUUAUUCCAGGUUUACUCCAAGAAUGUCUUGCAGGCAGCUUUUCGGAGAUGUGGAAAAGGACCAUUUUCUUGAAAGUAAUCGCAUAUGUUAUGAUGAAAAUGGAGAUGAAUGUAAUUGCACCAAUUUUGAUAUGGACUGGCUUUCUUCAUCAGGAAAUUCAUGUGAUGAUGAUAUAUAUGACAGGUCUACCACGGGCCUAUCAUCUGAAAAUAUUGGUGCUGAACUAAAAAUUGAUAUGACCACAUCUCCGAGUGAGUCAGGGUCUAGUAUAAAGGGAGGGGACCGAACAGCAUCUGACCUCACUUGUGAUGGUAUUCUGGAUGAGUUUUCUGAGAGCUUUGUGAAUUGGGUAACUCAUGGAGAUAUGCUUAUUCCGUUACAGUUUACUUCAAAGUAGUGCCAUGAAUAACAUUAGUUACAAGUUACAAGCACAACCAAAUUGAACCCAUCCGAAGGAUGUGAGUUCAUUUACAAAAAAUAAUGAUGAGAUUGGCUGAGAGAGAAGAGUUGCGGCUUGUGCUGAGGAAAAAGUAAGUUUGAGCUUGUGUAAUACUGACAGCAUUUGCCUACUCAUGAAAUCCUUGGGAGGGAAUGUCAUAGAGGAAGCAGAAGGGUACAUAGCUAAUUUCAUUUUGGAGCUCUGACCACCUCAAUCUGCAAAGAUUCUAAACAACAAUAGGUUUCAACUCCUGUAAAUAAAUAUUCUAUAAAAUCGAUGAUGCCCUGGGAGUUUGACAUUAUUGGCAAUGCUUGUAUUUCCUUCUCAUGGUAACAUUUUAGCAUAAUAUCCCAUAAUGUGCUAGAUUUCAGAUUUUUAAGGGAGACAGAAAAUCAGCUUAUCAGAUUGAUAAGGUAGCCCUGGUGGGUAGUUUCGAGGCAAUUUUUUCCUCCCGAUAUAGUGAAUCGGUUGUGUGAGCACCGAGGACUAAUCUUGGCUUGAAUUAGAAACUUCAAAAGGUGAGACUUGAGAGAGAAGCCUUUUUCCAUGUAUCACUCGUAUAAAUUGAACAAAACUUAUUUACCGUAGACUAUCUAACUUUCUUUGAUCA